UGAAAAUAUUUUACGGAGAACAAGUUACCCAUCGAUUGCCAAACGAACAUCAACUCUUAUAAAAAGGAGCCUUCCCCAUUGACAACAUGUGCACAUUGUUCUUGUAACAUAUUCCCUUCCCAUUUCAUUCAAUUUCCACUUUCUUCGUCAACGCCGGUCGUUUCUCCAUCCCAACUUCUUUUUCCUCCUACCAUCCAUCCCUUUAUUUUUUUAAAUUAAACACCAUGGUUCGCGUUCUGUCUGUUGUCGGUCUUUUAUUCUCGGUUGCCAUCGCUUCCACUGCUGCCGCACCUACGUUGAAUACCCCCACUACCGAGGAGCUGGCCUCUUCGUCCGCUGAGACUCUUGUACAAAACAUUCAAGUGAUUCCUGAUAUGCAAGAUUACCAGCUUGAAAAACGCCAAUUGGAAAAACGAGGCAAAAAGACCUACAAAGGAAGAGCGACGUGGUUCAGCCCGGCCAGAGAAGGCGGUGAUCGUGGCGCUUGCGGUCCCAAGGAAAAUGACAAUUCUUUGAUCGUUGCUCUCAACAAAUCGCAGUAUGGCAACAUGAGCAAGAAGAGCAAGUGGUGUGGCAAGAAGCUUCGUGUCAAGGGUCCCAAGGGCUCCAUUACCGUCACUGUUAACGAUGCCUGUCCCGGUUGCAAGUAUGGUGACCUGGAUUUGACCCCUCGCGUCUUCAAAAAGAUUGUAGGCGACUUUGAUAUCGGUGUGGCCAAGAUCAGCUGGUCCGAAUUAUAAAUGGAUUUUUUUUUUGUCCUCAACCUAUUCCACUCUCCGUAACCCUCAGUGAUGUUUCUCUUUUGUCAAUGUAUGCAAGGUUUCCCCGUGCUGGACUCGUGGUUUUCCGAUGUACAUUGCAAAGUAAAAAAGACCAAAGAAAAGCCAUCCUUUUUUUUUUUAGUCUAGAAGUUCGAUACAAUCAUCAAGAUGUUACAAUUUUUGAAAAAUUCCUUUGCAUUAUACGCAUCUGUACAAAAUCUAAAAUAUACACAUUUUUCAUCCAUUUCUAUUGUACCUCUCUCUUUCGAGACUCUGUGAUGCAUGGCAUGUUCUUAAUACAUUUUAUACCACGUUGUCAAGUUUCCAUAUUCAAUUAAACUUUGAUCGUGCAUAUUACGAGUUUCUUUUUUUCUCCUUACUUCCUUCCAGUCAGAUGACGUUGAUCGGUCGCCGUGCGUCAUGAGCCCAUUAAUAAAGAAAAAUGAUGCGCAGUGCAUGACAAUA